UUUAGUCAAAAGCCAAUUCGAGUGAAUUCUGAUCUAGUCUCCCUCCCUCUCUCUCUCUCUUGUUUCAUCGGGUCCUCCUGCUUUAUUGGAUCCUCCUUAAUUCUGAACCAAUCUCUCUCUCUCUCUCUCUCUCUCUCUCUCUCUCCUUCUUUCUAAUUCACAAUUAAUCUCUCUGCAACUACUACUUGCUGAAUCUGAAAACUAGGGGUUAUGGAUAUGGAUUCUUCUUCUUCUUCUUCAUCCGCUGCUGCUCUUGCUGAUGCUGAUGAUACAAAAAACUAAUUGUUUUGAAGCUGGAGAAAACAAACAAGCCCUUGUCAAAUUGGUAACUUGUCAGAGAUAUCCAUUCAAACAAGCACUUCAGCUGGUUUAGAGCAAACUUUGCCAUGGAUCUUUUAUCAUAAGGUUAUUGGAGUAACAAACUUUUUCCUUUUCGUGGAAGGGAAGGCUGCAUCCCCCAAAGUAUCUAAAAAAUCUGAUUGAGCUAAGACGGGCAUAUAAUUGCGAAAUAAUGCUUACUAAAGUAAAAAUCCCUUUGCCUGAUUUGAUGUUUUUGUCCUCCUGAAGCGUUUGUAACUUUGUGCACCUACCUAAUAGAGAUAUGGAGUUGAUUGCCUUCAUUCAAGUUUUCAACAUCAUCGUCAUCGCCAUCGGGACUCUAUUGUACAUAUGCUGCAGAUCAUUUUCUUCUUCGUCUCCUGCGGCUGAUUCUGAUGUAGCUGAUUCUACUGAUGUGCCGGAUGUUGAUGUUGUGGAUAUCGCUUCUUCUUCUUCAUCCACUGCUGCUCCUGCUGAUGCUGAUGAUACAAAAAAGUACGAUGUGUUUAUUAGUUUCAGAGGUGAGGACACCCGCCGUACUUUCACCAGCCACCUCCACGCUGCCUUACUUGAGAACAAAAUCACAACUUAUAUUGAUGACGAGCUUAAGAGAGGAGAUGAAAUCGCACCUGCCCUUCUGAAAGCAAUUAAGGAAUCAGAGCUUUCGGUGAUCGUUCUCUCGAAAGACUAUGCUUCCUCGACCUGGUGUUUGGAUGAGCUUGUGCAUAUCCUAGAAUGCAAGGAAAAACAUGGCCGGUUGGUUAUACCCAUUUUUUACGACACCCUUCCAUCGGAUGUACGAAAACAACAGGGGAGUUAUGAGGUUGCAUUUGCUGAACUUGAACAGCGUUUCAAGAACAGUAUCAACAAGGUGCGCAAGUGGAGGGAUGCUUUGACGAAUGCAGCAAAUCUAUCUGGGUUUGAUUCAAAAAAAUAUGGGACGGAUGCUGUUUUAGUUAAGAAAGUUGUUGAAUAUAUUUGGACCAAAUUGUGUCGCGCAUCAUCCUGCGAUUUAAAGGGCUUGUUUGGAAUUGAAAGCCGCAUCGAGCAGGUCGAAUCACUAUUAGGCAUUCAUUCAUCGGAUGCUUGCAUCACUGUCGGUAUUUGGGGCAUGGGUGGUAUUGGCAAGACCACCCUUGCCGAAACUGUAUUUCACAGGCUCUCUUCUAAAUUCGAAGCUUCUUGUUUUGUUAAGAAUGUCAGGGAGAACUCAGAAAAAGCAGAUGGACUAGAUCACUUGGAAAAAACACUUCUUAAGGAGAUAUUAAAGGAAGAAGGUCUAUCCAUAGGAUCAAUUAGUGUUCGAGAAAGGCUCAGCCGCACAAAGGUUCUCAUUGUUCUUGAUGAUGUGAGUAGUUCAAUGCAAAUGGAACGUUUAGCUGGCAGUGGUCUCCGGUUUGGCACUGGAAGUAGAAUCAUUAUCACAACUAGAGAUAGGGGCACAUUUGGGAAAACUGUUGAAGAGGAUAAUAUCUACGAGAUUGAGGGAUUACAACCGGAUGAUGAUCUUCAGCUCUUUUGUUCGCGUGCUUUCAAGGAUAACAGUACUUGUAGAAUAGAUUAUAAGGAGUUGGUAGAAAAGGCGGUGGCUUAUGCCAAAGGCGUUCCUUUAGCUCUUACAGUCCUGGGGUCCUUGUUCUUCAAUUGCAAGAGCAAAGAAGAAUGGGAAGAUGAAUUCAACAAAUUGAAACGAUUUCCCAGCAAAGAUAUCCAGAAGGUGUUGAGAAUAAGUUAUGAUGGAUUGGGAGACAAUGAGAAGGAUAUUUUUCUGGAUAUAGCAUGUUUUCAUAAAGGGAAGUCUGUGGUUGAGGUAAAACGAAUGUUAGAUGUUCGUGAAUUCUUUGCGACAUCUGGAAUUAGAAUUCUCAUUGAGAUGUCUCUCAUAUCAAUUGUUUCACAAUGGGGAAAGGAAACCAUAGAGAUGCACGAUUUGCUACAAGAAAUGGGAAGGAAAAUUGUUCAACAACAAGAUAUUAAAGAUCCCGGUAAACGGAGUAGGUUGUUCAAUGUUGAGGAUGUCAAUCGUGUAUUGAGGAGUAACAAGGAAAUUCCAAUUGUUGAAGCCAUACAGGUUAAUUGGUGUGAUCUUCAAGAGCGACCAUUAGAACGUGCAGACUUCAAAAAGAUGUCUAACCUAAUAAUGCUAAUUGUGGAUUCUGGAAAAUUUUACCACAAACUCACCACUUCUCUAGACCUUCCCGAUUCUCUUCGUUAUCUUAAGUGGCGGGGAUAUCCACUGGAAUCUUUGCCGUCAAAUUUUUGUUCAAAAAAUCUAGUUGAGCUUCAUAUGCAAGCUAGUGAAGUUAAGAAGCUUUGGAAAGAAGAGCAGAUACUUCUCAACUUACAAGUGAUAAAUCUCCAGGGCUGUGAAAGUUUGGUUGAAAUUCCUUCGUAUUUUCAACAUCUCGACAAGCUUACUCAUCUUGAUCUUGAAUGUUGCCGGAGUCUCAAGUAUCUUCCAAAGAUGCCAGGAAAUAUUCAAUACUUAAAUUUAGAUCGCAGUGGUAUAAAGGAGUUGCCUGAAUCAGUUUGGUCUAACAAAAAUAUUUCUUGCUUGAAUUUAAAUCAAUGCGUCUUUAUGAAAUUUCCAAGCAACUGCUGUAAGUUUAAAAAUAUCGAGAUACUCAAUCUCAGUGGUUGCUCUAAAUUUGAAAACUUUCCAGAGAUUUUGGAGCUGGAACAUUUGAAAUCCUUAAGUUUAAGCCAAACAGUAGUUACAGAGCUACCCUUAUCAAUCUGUGAGUUGAAAUAUCUUGAGAGACUUGAUCUCUACGGGUGCUCUAUAUUUUCCAAAUUCCCUGAAAUCUUGAAGCCAAUGGAACAUUUGAAGUCCUUAAUUUUAAGCCAAACAGCAGUUACAGAGCUACCCUCAUCAAUCUGUGAGUUGAAAUAUCUUAAGAGACUUGAUCUCUACGGGUGCUCUAGAUUUUCCAAAUUCCCUGAAAUCUUGAAGCCAAUGGAACAUUUGAAGUCCUUAAGUUUAGGCCAAACAGCAGUUACAGAGCUACCCUCAUCAAUCUGUGAGUUGAAAUAUCUUGAGAGUCUUGAUCUCCACGGGUGCUCUAGAUUUUCCAAAUUCCCUGAAAUCUUGAAGCCAAUGGAACAUUUGAAGUCCUUAAGUUUAGGCCAAACAGCAGUUACAGAGCUACCCUCAUCAAUCUGUGAGUUGAAAUAUCUGAAGUCCUUAAGUUUAAGCGAAACAGCAGUUACAGAGCUACCCUCAUCAAUCUGUGAGUUGAAAUAUCUUGAGAGUCUUGGUCUCUGCGGGUGCUCUAGAUUUGGAUUUUCCAAAUUCCCUGAAAUCUUGAAGUCAAUGGAACAUUUGAAGUCCUUAAGUUUAAGCCACACAGCAGUUACAGAGUUACCCUCAUCAAUUUGUGAGUUGAAAUAUCUUGUGAGCCUUCGUCUCAGCAAUUGCUCUAGAUUUUCCAAAUUCCCUGAAAUCUUGAAGCCAAUGGAACAUUUGGUGUCUCUUUGUUUGGAAUACACAGCUGUCGAAAUGCUUCCUUCGUCUAUUGGGAAUCUAAAUGGGCUUCAAGAUUUAAACCUUAGAUGCUGCUAUCUACUUAAGGAUGUCCCAACAAGUAUCUACAGUUUAACCAAUCUUAAAUGUCUCGACUUUCAUCGGUGUUUGAGACUUGAAAAAUUGCCUUCCAGCUCUGUCGGUUUUCUCUCUUUAAAAGAACUAGAACUCAGCUUCAGCGGUAUAUUGGAAAUACCAGCAAGCAUCAAACAAGCUUCUCGGUUGUCUAUACUCGACUUAAACUACUGCAAGCGGCUUCAAUCUAUACCAGAGCUCCCAGUGCUAUGCAAUGUUAAAGCUUCAAACUGCAAGUCGCUGAAGAAAGUGUCAAGUUCAAGGACAGCACUCACACAAGGUUGGGAUAAACCUCAUUAUUGUUUCAGAUUGUUUCUUCAUUGCCCAAGAUUGAAUAAUAAUUCAAGGAGCAACAUAAUGGAUGAAGCACAGAUUACAGUUAUGCGAAUGGCAACUGUUGCGCCAUUAAAGGACCAUCGCUGGCUUCCUAAUCCCUGGCCUCAGAUUACCAUUGCAUGUCCAGGAAAAGAAACUCCAAAUUGGUUCAGCUAUCAAAAUGAGGGAUCUUCAAUAGACAUCGAGCUUUGUCCAGAUUGGUUUCGAACAGGUUUAUUUGGUUUCGCUCUCUCUGUUGUUCUUUCUGGGGUUUCAGAGGUGCGGUGGUAUGACUUUAGGAUGGUAAGAGCUAAUUUCAUUGUCAAAUUCAUGGGUGAAAGCCAUGAACUGUUCAGUUCUGAGUACAUUAUCCCAGAGGACUGCAACGACGACUGCUGUGACGGCCAACAUCACGUGCUUGUGUGGAGUGAGGCCUUUAGAAGUGAAGAGGUAGGAAAACACUGCUCCCCUGAUGUUUACAAACUUGCCAGAGAGGCCUCUGUUGUCUUCUGCCCGGUGGAUUCUGCUUCCCCUAAGAAGGUGGAAAGCUGUGGUAUAUGCCCAUUGUAUGCGGAAGAUGCUGAGAAAUUCAAAUUUGGUCAUGUGUUCAUGUCGAGGGGACCAAAAGUAGGAGAAGAAACAAGACAAGAUGAUCAUUCCAAAGGUGGUGGAUCAGGAGAUGAGCCUCAAGUUAGUGGAUUUUCCAUAUUCCCUGAAAUCUUGAUGCCAAUGGAACAUUUGGUGUCUCUUUGUUUGGAAUACACAGCUGUCGAAAUGCUUCCUUCGUCUAUUGGGAAUCUAAAUGGGCUUCAAGAUUUAAACCUUAGACGCUGCUAUCUACUUAAGGAUGUCCCAACAAGUAUCUACAGUUUAACCAAUCUUAAACGUCUCAACUUUAAUGAGUGUGGGAGACUUGAAAAAUUGCCUUCCAGCUCUGUUGGUUUUAUCUCUUUAGAAGAACUAGAUCUCAGCAAGAGCGGUAUAUUGGAAAUACCAGCAAGCAUCAAACAAGCUUCUCGGUUGUCUAUACUCAACUUAAAGGGCUGCAAGCGGCUUCAAUCUAUACCAGAGCUCCCAGUGCUAUGCAAUGUUAAAGCUUCAAACUGCAAGUCGCUGAAGAUAGUGUCAAGUUCAAGGACAGCACUCGCACAAGGUUGGGAUAAACCUAAAAAUUGUUUCAAAGUUUUUAGUAAUUGCCCAAAAUUGGAUAAUAAUUCAAGGAGCAACAUAAUGGAUGAAGCACAGAUUACAAUUAUGCGAAUGGCAACUGUUGCGCCAUUUAAGUACAUUAGCUGGUUUCGUGAACCCUGGAUUCAUAAUCCCUGGCCUCAGAUUAACACUGUAUGUCCAGGAAAAGAAAUUCCAAAUUGGUUCAGCUAUCAAAAUGAGGGAUCUUCAGUAGACAUCGAGCUUUGUCCAGAUUGGUUUCGAACAGGUUUAUUUGGUUUCGCUCUCUCUCUUGUUCUUUCUGGGGUAUCAGGGCGGCGGCAUGACUGGAGGGUAAGAGCUAAUUUCAUUGUCAAAUUCAUGGGUGAAAGCCAUGAACUGUUCAGUUUUAAGUACAUUAUCCCAGGCAUAAGCUACGACCACAGUGUUGACCAACAUCACGUGCACGUGUGGAAUGAGGGCUUUAGAAGUGAAGCGGUAGGAAAAAACUGCUCCCCUGAUGUUUACAAACUUGCCAAAGAGGCCUCUGUUGUCUUCUUCUGCCCUGUGGGUUUUGAAGAUUCUGAAGAUUCUGAAGAUUCUGAAGCCGGCAAUACUUUUGUUUUACGUAUAACGGUGGAAAGGUGUGGUAUAUGCCCAUUGUAUGCGGAAGAUGCUGAGAAAUUCAAUUUUGGUCAUGAGUUCAUGUCGAGGGGACCAAAAGUAGGAGAAGAAACAAGACAAGAUGAUUUUGAGUCCAAUGGAACAAUUGGUUUAUAUGGGCAGCAUACAGCCAAGAAGCCAAAGAUAUUAAAGCAAUCUCUAGAUACUACUUCUGGAGGUCCAUGGUCCCAUUCUGAAGAUCAGGCACUUGUUGUUCUUGUACAUGAUAUGGGCCCAAAUUGGGAACUCAUAAGUGAUGCAAUCAACAGCACACUGCACUUGAAGUGUAUUUUUCGCAAGCCUAAAGAGUGCAAGGAGCGUCACAAAAUAUUAAUGGAUAUGAAUUCUGGUGAUGGGGCUGAUAGUGCUGAAGAUUCGGGAUCUUCUCAGCCUUAUCCUUCUCCAUUACCGGGCAUUCCGAAGGGCAGUGCCAGGCAAUCAUUUCAACGCUUGCAAGAGCCCACGGAAGAGGAUGUUCUCAAGUCACGUUUUGAGAAACUAAUUAAGAUUGUUCAGAAGCAUCAUUAUCGGAGGAGUCAGGUUAGUGAAAAUGAGCAUAGAGUUGCUGAGCACACAGUGCAGAUCUUGCAGUGGCCCAAUUUUGAUUGAUAUUGUUGUCAAUGUUUCUGUAGCUAGACCAUCCUUAUGAUCACAAAUAUUAGACCUUCCUACUUACGAAAAAUCAUUUUUCAGUGAUUAAUGCUGGACCUUACGGUUAUUACAUGCUACAGUUGAGAUGCCAAUCCUUUUAGUUCUGUGAUCUGACCAGUUUUUUUUUAAUAUUGUCAUCCAGUAAAACUGACGAUUUUGAUUCAUAGGAUUUUAAAGGUUUUUGUAAAUUGUAAUAUUGAGCUCUACCUUAACACCUUAAACCCAAAAGUGUUGUCAAUUUUGUGUUGGUAAUCCUAGUUGGAAUUAAAUGGAUCGCCGACCUAACUCCAAAUACAUGUGAGAUAAAGGUCGUUCAGUUCAUCUGAAAUAAAUUAUUGCUUAGAUGCU